AUGGCCGAGAUACUAUUUUCCUCUGAAAUUAUUGACAAUGUCAAGGGAAAGGUAGUUGUCAUGACAGGUGGCGCGCAAGGAAUUGGCGCAGCAACCGUGUCCAUGCUAUACGACAGAGGUGCCCAUGUUUAUUUCGGUGAUUGGGAUGAUAUUAAAGGUCAACAAGUUGUUCAACAUCUCCAGUCAAGCCCAUCGAAGCAGAAUGGCGGAUCUGUGCAUUUUCGGAAGCUUGACGUCCGAGACUACAACGCACAAGUACAGCUUUUUAAAACACCAUACGACGAAAAAGGUCAUGUCGACGUUGCCAUCUCUUGCGCUGGUGUGACAGAGCCUGACGGUGGUUGGUUUGCGCCAGAUCAGCUGAACCUCGAAACCGUCAUGACAGAGCCCGAAAUACUCAAGGCCAAUGUCGAUAUCAAUUUGACAAGUGUGGUUUACUUUUCAAGAAUAGCUCUUGCUUUUCUGAGUGCAGAUAAAACCUCUACUGCAUCAAAUGGCUUCUCCAAAUCCAUCGUCCUAGUAUCUUCAGUUGCCGGGAUAACAGAAGGCGCUGGCCUUUACGCUUAUAGUGCAGGUAAGCAUGGAGUUAUAGGCCUAAUGAGAUCUCUGCGAGGACCUAUCGAGAAGAACUUCGGCGUUCGUGUCAACGCGGUGUGUCCUUGGGGAACGGAUACACAGAUGAUCGAUAAAGUACGUUCGUGGUGGACACAGAACAAUCUACCUCUGAACCAACCAAGUGAUGUGGGAAAUUUCAUUGUCCAGCUAGCGGCUGACGAGACUUUGAAUGGCAAAUCAGUUCUCGUUGCGGGUGGUAGAGGGUUUGAUACAGAGGAGGGUAUUGACAAGCACAUGCCAGAAUGGUUUGGGGAGUUUAUGGAAGAGUUCCUACGUGGGCAAAAGGCUUUGGGCACCGGCGGUUCAUGGUCUGGAAACUGA